ACUCGGUGCUUCAUUUAGCAUCGUAAGUUACUUGUAGCUGACAAGAAGUGUCAUAAGUUGUGUACGUGCGGUGAAUUUGUUGUUUCUAUGUGUAUGUGCAUAUGUGUGUGAACAACAAAUUUUUAGUGCGAUUUUAACGAAAUACAUGGUCAGAAAUUUGUGACGGCAAAUCCUCGACUUUUAUGGAAUGCUUUGAUCAGUGAAAUGGAUUUCAUGUGCGUGGGAGAGUAUACAAGCAACUUGUUUAUGAGCACCGCACUGUUUUAGGUGUAACAGAAUGCUUCUGAACAUCGAGCAACGGAGGAUAUUAAACUGAACGCUACGUUAAAUAAAAGGUCGCAGCAAACAGGAACUCAUCAGUUGUACAAUGCACCGUGGUCCCAGUCGGAGCUGCAGCUAUGAUGGAAAAAUUGCAGGGUUAUAUGAUUUGGAGGAGACAUUGGGCAGAGGACAUUUUGCUGUGGUGAAAUUGGCAAGACAUGUAUUCACAGGAGAGAAAGUUGCUGUCAAAGUUAUAGACAAAAGCAAACUAGAUGAUGUGUCAAGAGCUCACCUGUUCCAAGAGGUGCGAUGUAUGAAACUUGUCCAGCAUCCAAAUGUUGUGCGCCUUUAUGAAGUUAUUGAUACACAGACAAAGUUGUACCUAAUAUUGGAACUGGGAGAUGGAGGUGAUCUCUAUGAUUAUAUUAUGAAACAUGACGGUGGUCUGGGUGAAGAAGUGGCUCGUGAAUAUUUCCGUCAGAUUGUGCGUGCUAUUUCGUACUGUCACAGGUUACAUGUUGUGCAUAGGGACUUAAAACCAGAAAAUGUUGUAUUCUUUGAGAGACUUGGGAUGGUGAAACUUACAGACUUUGGUUUUAGUAAUCGUUUCAAUCCAGGGCAGAAGUUGGAAACUUCAUGUGGAUCUUUAGCAUAUUCUGCACCAGAGAUAUUACUGGGUGAUUCGUAUGAUGCCCCAGCAGUUGAUGUCUGGUCACUGGGAGUAAUUCUGUACAUGCUAGUAUGUGGGCAAGCCCCAUUCCAAGAAGCAAAUGACAGUGAAACCCUCACAAUGAUAAUGGAUUGCAAAUAUACAAUCCCAGUCCAUGUGUCAGAAGGUUGUAAAAGGCUAAUAGCUCGGAUGCUGAUUCGGGAACCAGAAAAGCGAGCCACUCUGGAAGAAAUAGCAAUGGACCCAUGGCUGAGAGAAGAUGCCAACACUGAGCCAGCAGACUUCCUCCCAUUAGUAUCUCGAGAACACGUGUCUGAAGAUGACCAUGCUCUUAUCAUACAGAAGAUGGUCAAUGGCAAUAUUGCUACUAAAGAAGACAUUUUAGAGGCACUUGAUAAGAAUGAAUACAAUCACAUCACAGCAACCUAUUUCUUGCUAGCUGAGAGGAAACUGCGUGCACACAGACAAGAACAAGCUCAGCAGCGUCUUCGUCAGGGGCAACAGUUGCAAGAAUUGUCUCCCAUAACGUCUGGCAGCAAGCCUUACGUGAAGAUGGACAAGAUCACAGGAAUGAGCAACACAGAUGUGUCAUGCCAACAAGUGAACCAGUCUUUACUGAGUGCAGCGCGCACACCCGGGGACCAGAAUUACCGAUCCCGGAAGUGUAGUAUUGUCCAGGAAGAGGAGGACGAAGACGACAUGACAUCGUGUUCUGGCCGUGAAGAGUUGGCUCCACCUCACGGUUCCUUGAAUAGACGUGGUUCUCGCUCAGAGGGAAAAUUAAACUUGGCGCUGCAAGAGCGUCUGGCAGAGUCGGAGCGUCGAAAAGAUGGCUCCUCUGCAGGGAAUACUGCAACACACAAGAUGUCAGUUCCAUCCAGCGGUGCCUCAAAUUCUGGAGGGGGAAUACUCCACGUUGGCAUUCGUGAUGAUACAUCACAGCGACCAGUUACAGUGUGGGCUUCACCGGCAAAGAAAGUUCUUCCUACAACAACUGAAAGUUCAAGACUGCGAUCGUCAGCAGAGUUGUCUACAAAACUAACAGCUACGUAUGCCACAAGUAGCACAAAAUGGCAAACGGGAAUGAAACAGACAGUUCCAUUAGUGAAAGUGCCACUGAAAAAACCAACUUCAUUAACCUCAAGAGACUCCAUUUCAUCCCAAACCCCCUGUCCAUCCACAACUACAUCUUUUAUAACAGAAUCUUCCACGAUAUCCAUACCUAUACAUACAUCCUCUCCAGCUAUGGAGCAACCUUUACUUCCAAAAUAUAAGACAAUGCCAUCACCUACUCGUCCAUUACAUACUGUUCUGGGUUCACCUCCACUGAAUGAAAUAUUUGAGGAAGGUGAAAGUGUCAUCGGAGAUACGACACGCUCUAGUCAGACCUCUCGCAGCUACGUCAGUCGUCAGAACUACGAGCAGCGCCGAAGUAGGUUCCACAAGACACGGACAGCAUCAUGUAGUUCUUCGGAUGCCAGUGAUGACGAUAGUGAGAGUCGCAAGAAACGUGCUCAUAAGAUUACUGGUGACGCAAAGCCAUUCCAGCAACAGAGGAGAGAUUCACACGAUGACUCUAGUGAUUCCCAAGAUCCCGGUGGAAGUGGAGGUGCUGGUGGAGGUGGCAGCCGAUCCCGCGAAUCUGCUUCUGAGUGCAAUAGUGGUACGGCCCCAGAAUCGCAUGCUGAUUCUGAAAGGACUUCUGCCAUAACUAGCAAUGGUAAUAAAGGAAGUGGAGGGGGCCGGAGACAGUGUCGUAGGCGGCCUGGAGAAACUAGGUUGAGAGAGAGUCAGUCUCUUAAUCGUAUCACAGAAGUGCAGGAGGCAGAAUUAUCACUUUCACUGCCACCGCAUCAGCAGGCAGAGUAUGUGGCUCCUCUGCCUCCCAGCAGAGUGAGAGGUUUUGGGGCUCGUCUGUUCCAGGGCUGGCCCCUCUCACCAUCCUGUGCAACUCCAUCCAGAAAAUCGUCUCAGCAGCAAGCAUCCCUUGUGAUUUCAGAUAGAAGUCCUCUGAAGUCAGGGAACUUCAAAAGUGAGAAGAGUACAGAAACUAAUGAACAGUCAGUUGAUAAUUUUUCUGUGUCACAUAGGAUAAUGGGUGGUUUUCUCGACACCUCGUGUAAGGAAUUGGACAGUAUCCCUUUAGCCAAAUGUCAUGGGGAGGGCAAAGAGAACUGUUGCAAAUCUGCAACUUCAAAGAAUGCAGUAGGAGAGAAGCAGAAAACUAACACUGGGAAGAAAGGAAGACUAUUGAGUCGCUACUUUCAGGUUCACAAAAAGCUCUGCCUUCCACUUCCGGGACUGUUUGGUCGAGGCAGACUGUACAAAGCCCAGUCGUGUGGCUCAAUUGUUCGUGACCGAGUGACAUCCUCUGCACCGGCUUCACUUCUGGUGUGUGGCGAGGAGAGGUGGUGUACUGCUGCAGGCAAAGUACCUACUGGCGAAAGCACCCGCAGAUGCAGUGGGACAGCAGCAGGUAAUGAAAAUAAUAAGACUGCUAUUGUUGUGGGAGUGGGUGAUAUUAAUCAAAAUUUAAAAAAUUCAGAAACACACUCAGAAAGUCUGGUGCCACUUGGUGCAACUUGUCCAGGUAUAGGAAUGUGUCAAGUCCACUUAGGUAAUACAUCACAAUGCUGCAGUCUUUGUUAAAGUCCAUAGAUGAGAACGGCUUUGCUUGUCAUGAUAAGCUCAGGCAACAGUCAUUCCCUGUGCUAGCACUGUCCAGAUUAAUGUUUAUGUAGUUAAAGUCUGUCAUACAUGACUGAUGAGUGCGGUUAUAGAAUUAUGUAUUCUGUGUCGGUUGUGACUGACUGAUCUAGUCAGUCAUUUUUCAGUAAUAGUCCUUUGUAAGUAUUGUGUUUCAUGUAAGUGGUCUUAACAUUUAGGUCCAACAAAUUUGUGUAGUUAAACAUCUGUUACGUAAUCUUAUUUCCUUCUACUUUAAUACAUAAUUUGCUAUACAUUUGUAUUUUGCAUUUUGUUACAGUCCAUCAAAUCACAAAUAUGAAAGUAUAAUGUGUAUAUGUACAGUAACUUUUUUUAAGUUAUGCCAGUCAGUUUUACUGCUGAGUAUGACUUCAGAGAUCAGAAACUUUGUGAUCGUCCUUGUAAUGAAGCUGUUUAUAUAUGGAUCUGUGUAGCAUGCUGUGUAAUGUAGCAAUUUUAAUUUUAUUUUAUGUCCCAUGUUAUAUACUCAGAAUCUUUUUUCCUUUCUUCUUUUUAUUUUUUAUUUUAUUUUAAA